CAUUACUCCACAUCCCAUAGCUCUUCUCCAAUCUAAGGGUAGCACAAGCGUGAGGAGUUUUCUAUUGAAGUUAAGAUAUCGAAGCAAUGUCUGAGAAGAUAGGACCCGUUGGUGGUAACAUGGGAGGUGUAUUCGACAACGGCGUUUUCGAUGGUGUGAAGAAAAUAACUAUUGGAAAAGAUAUUGAUUGUGUGUCUUAUAUCAAAAUCGAAUACGAAAAGGAAAGAAAAAUUGUAACUCAUGAGCACGGGACGAUUCGUGGGGAGCUGCAAGAGUUUGCUGUUGAUUACCCGAAAGAAUCUAUCACAUCCGUUGGUGGAAGCUACGAUAAUGUUAGCCGCUAUAACACAGUGCUGAUCACAUCCCUAAUCUUCAAAACUUCUUAUGGAAGAACUUCUCCAACGUUCGGUUACUCAUAUGGGGAAGAAUUCAUGCUCGAGGGUGAAAAUGGAGGAAAACUUAUUGGAUUCUAUGGACGCUCUGGUCAGGCUAUUGAUGCUAUUGGUGCAUACUUUCCGCUAGUUCCUGAACCCGAAAAGACAGUUGUAGUGGGUGGUAACAUGGGAAGUGUAUUUGAUGAUGGUGUUUUCGAUGGUGUGAAGAAAAUAAUUGUGGGAAAAGACAUUGAUUGUGUGUCUUAUAUCAAGAUCGAAUACGAAAAGGAUAGUAAAGUUGAAAUCCGUGAGCACGGGAUGAUUCGCGGGGAACUAAAAGAGGAAAUCCAGUUUGAUGUGGAUUAUCCGAAUGAAUUUAUCACAUCUGUUGGUGGAAGCUAUGAUCAUGUUAGCCGCUAUAACACAGUGUUGAUCAAAUCGCUAGUCUUUGAAACCUCUACUGGAAGAACCUCGCCAAUAUUUGGGGAGACAGAUUCGUCUGGAAAGCCAGUUGGAAAAGAAUUCAUCUUUGAGGGUAAAUAUGGAAAAAACCUUCUUGGGUUCCACGGACGCUCUGGUCAGGCUAUUGAUGCCAUCAGAGUUUACUUUGGAGCUGGAGGAACUUAAGGAGGAAGGUUACAAGACUGUUUAUUGAGUUCAUCAGAUCCAUGUCUUGUCUAUCUAUUAUCACCAAUAAAAGACUUACUCUCUAGUUUUAUUUUUCUCUAAAGGUUUAUCCUUUUGGAUCAAUAUGUGUGACUCGAGUAAGCAUUUCCACUUUUGUUGUGUUUAUGUGUAAAAUAAGGUCCAUGCUUUGGGAUCAUGUAAUUUUCUCUACUUUGAAGGUGUGUUUUUUAAUUUUAAUAAAUGAUGUU